CAACUAUCCGAGCAACUUUGAUGCCUAGUAACGAAUAUUGCUUGCAUACUGUCUCAGUUUCGUACAACUAUAUCACUUUCUCUGGCGAAGGAUACGGAACGUACUAUGGACCAAAAUGCCUCAAUCCGUUGCGGACAAUCUCUACAUAUGCUUCUGGGAAAACACUAUGUACAGAUGAUGAGAUUUAUGCCGGCUUCGAGAAGAUCCGCAGAGAAUGCGAGAAUGAUGGGUUCGAAUUUCUGGACUGGCAGCAAGUCGUUGCCAAUGUCACACACGACAACAUUGCUGAGAUGAGAGUUGUGGAAUUUGAUGAGGUACCUGCUGGUACGAAUACCACGGAACCAGUCAGGCUUUCCAAGUCUUUCUUCGAACGAGUCGGCAAUACUCUUCAGAUGACUUGGGAGUAUGAGAUGAAUUGGCAUCAUCAGUCGGGUUUUGCUCUCUAUGGAUUUUGGGGUAUCGUUCUUGGGGCUUCGACUAUUGUACAUCUCCUCAAGUCUAUCAAGAUACCGUGUCACUCGUCCCAUACACAGACGGGGACAACGACACGGGUAUUGCAAUCCGCAUGGAUGUGGGUUCGAGUAAACCUGAUUAUUCCGCCAGCUUUUGGAUCGCAUCACCAACGUUUACUGUACUGGUGCACUGUUCCAACCCGUCUAGAGGCAGCUAUUGUGGCAGCCUUCUAUCUCUGGGAUUCCAGAUCACAACAACUCUGGCGAUAUGCCGCUGAUCGUACAGGCAUCAUGGCCUAUGCUACACUUCCUUGGAUCUGGAUAUUCGCGGGUAGAAACAACGUCUUUAUGUGGGCUACAGGUCUCUCAUAUCAAACAUUUAAUAUUUAUCAUAGACAUGUUGCUCGAGCUGGUACAAUACUGGCCAUCGUACACUCAGUUGUGUACAUUUGGUUGUUUAUCGACUUUGNNGCAACUAUCACUAUGAGCCUGCUACUAUUGUUUUCUGUAUCAUGGCUUCGUAUCAGGUUCUAUGAGUUCUUCCUGGUUCUUCAUAUUGUGCUUUCAGUAGUCACUCUGGUGGGAUGCUUCUUACACACUUCCAUCUUCGAUGCCAGAUACGAUGCAUACCUCUGGCCGAUCGUGAUCGUGUGGGUACUCGACCGUGCACUCAGGCUGUUGCGCCUUGUGACUUGUAACAUACACAUUCGCUGGAGCAAGCAAGUUAUCCUUCGCACACAUUCAGUUGCCUCAUACAGCAAAGAGUCCGAUGUAGUUAGGCUUGACGUCAGGACAAACGCGUUCCUUACUCAACCUGCUGCAGGACAAUUCUAUUACCUUUAUCAACCCACUACAUGGCAAGGUUAUGAGAAUCACCCUUUCACGCUAGGAGCCUGGUCACCACGAUCUUCUGUAUCCGAUGAUGCUGGCAACUAUCUCCUUCAGCACGACGACUUGCCAAGCGAGGUUGAUGAACUCGAUCUUAGUUCGAAGUAUCAGUCUACUGUUCAAACUCUGACCUUCUGGAUCCGACCGUACGACGGCUGGACGAGACGGCUGAGAGACGAAUGUCUCCAAUCAAAUGAAGGCAUUUCUAAACCAACGAUCCUCCUUGAGGGUCCUUAUGGUCAUCACUGUCCUGUAUCAUCGUUCGACUCUGUGCUGCUGAUCGCAGGGGGUACAGGUAUUGCUUCAGCAGUACCAUAUAUCAUGGAACACAUGGCAUUAUCCAAGGCAGGCAAGACAGAUACCACAAACAUGCAUCUGCUCUGGACAGCACGGCAAGCAUCAUACAUACAAGAAAUUUUUGCACAAGAACUUCGCACUGCAGCACGGAGAGAUGAUUUCUCAGCCGACCUGUUCUUCACACGACAUGCCGAGAGGUCGAAGCAGGGAGAAGAACAAUCUAGAGGCGAUGACAGUGAACUUUCAAUGCCAGAGCUGCAGUACGGACGACCAGACAUUGCAGCUGCUAUCGCCAAAGCUGCGAUAAGAGCUGAGACGACGGGAACGAAGAUGGCGGUAUUGGUAUGCGGUCCACCUGCCAUGGCUGACGAAGCCAGACUUGCUGUCCAUCGUUCACUGAAGCGCGGAUGCCAUAGUGUGGAGUAUUUCGAAGAGUCUUUCGGCUGG